AUGGCUCGAUUUCCAACUGUUAUAAAAUUCUUUAAUAUUGCUUCUUACCUUUUACUUGCAACUCUCGUUUCUGAACCGGAGUUUAGAUUUGAAUAUCAUAAUUCUUACAUACAUCCGAAUUUUUUCGUUUUUUAUUUCUGGAAUUUGAUUCAAUGGCUACUUGGCUUCUUUCUUUUUUAUCAAUUCAUUGAUUUGGCAAACGAAACAAUCGUCGAUGGAAUCGGUUGGCUCUUUGUUGGUUCUGCCUUGUUAAAUUCAGUGUGGCUUGUCCUUGUGGUAUUUGACUACCUAAUUCUAGCUUGGCUUGCAAUCCUAAUAGUAUCCAUUCAACUAUCUUUAAUUUACUACAACCUUAAGUACAAAUACCCUCCCCAAAACCGUUUCGAUACUUAUUUUAUACAUCUUCCAUUCAAUAUAUAUCACGCUUGGGUAAUAGUGAUUUCUGUGAUUAGUUUAUUCAUUUCAUUUAUACCUGAUAAAGAUUCAGAUUCCCAACCUUUACCAGGAUUUGUUAUUCAAAUCUGUUCUGUUAUAGCUUUGGUGAUUUUGGAUUUGGUGGCUAUGGGAUACAUUUAUAAGGGUAAAGGUGAUUUUGUGGGUUCUGGUGUUAUUGUAAUAUCUUUAUUCGGGAUUGCUUUGCAGCAAGGUGAUGUGAUUAUACACUGGGUGGCUUUGGGUCUUGGAAUUAAAACUACUAUACUUAUGAUUAUUUAUUAUAUUAAGAAAUUUUAUAGAAGAAAUGAAGAACAAAUUCCACUACUAGUAUAA